AAACAAAAGAAAUUGCGAAUUAGAAAGAAAACGCGAGAGGGGAUUGCAAUAGCAACGGCAGGGCCGAGACUUGGAAGACAUGAAGAGUUUGGACGAAAUCAAGGCGGAGUAUCCGCUCCACUGGCACAUCUGGAACGGAGACGUGGAGCAGCUUCAGACCGAGCUACAAAUUGACCAGAAUGAUAAGGAAAAAAUCGAUCCACGGGGACGCACCCCCCUGAUGCUGGCGGUGCGAUUGGCGAAUUUUCCCUGCGUCAAGUGUCUUCUAGCAGCCAAGUGCAACGCGACCUAUGAGCACGAAGGGUGGUCAAUUGUACAGGAGGCCGUGUGCACUGGCGACGUAGACAUACUGACUGCCAUCAUCGAGGUGCGUGACCUACAGCGGCACGUCCAGCGCGUGACGCACGUGCCCAAGCUCCUGCAGCACCUCCUGGACGCCCCCGACUUUUACAUUGAGAUGAAAUGGGAGUUCACAUCGUGGGUACCGCUGAUGUCGCGUCUCUGCCCCAGCGACACCUACAAAGUCUAUAAGCGGGGCGCCAAUGUGCGCAUAGACACCACCCUGCUGGGAUUCGACAACAACACCUGGCAGAGGGGGAAUCGCUCGUACAUCUUCAAGGGCGCCAAAGAGACUGCCACAAUGAUCGAGAUCGACCACGACACGAACGAAGUCAUGGUGGAGCAGAUGAGCAGCGAUAUCGGGGAUAUUGUGGCCAUUCCCCCCGCCCUGGGCACUGUGCGCGCCCGCCUUAAUGCGCCCGUCAUCACCAACAAUAUCGAGAUGGAAAAGAUCAGUUUCGAGCGCAACAAGUGCGGCAUUUGGGGCUGGCGCAGCGAGAAGUCUGAGGCCAUCAAUGGCUACAACUGCAAGGUGUAUGGAGCCAGCAAUGUGGAGUUUGUCACAAAGACCCGGAUGGACCACCUGAGCGAGGAGCAAAUCAAGAACAAAACAGCACGGACGCCCCUUCACAGUCUGCUGGGCAUUGCCGAUGAGGAAUACGUGCCCCCCACAGACGUAGCCGCGGGAUUCAAAGAGCGCACACCCUCGCCGCGACCUGGAGAGACAGCCUCCCUUUUGGCGGGCACCGAAAGCGGUGGGCGCUCCUCACCCGCCGUUUCCCAGAGCAAUGGCGGCUCUGGCUGUGCAUCGGGAGCAAGCACGCCCAGGUCAUUGGUCACGCCAGAGGAGUACUUCAGCGGCGAGGACCUGCAUGGCCGGGACGUGGGCAAGCCCAAAAAUCUGAGCACAAAGGUGCAGCGUUUCAAGGCCAACCUAUGGCUGGCCGAGGAACAUCCGAUACGACUGCAGGAGCAGGUGCUUCCAAUUUUGGACCUCAUGUCUACCAUGGCUAGUCCCCAUGUGUCAAAACUUAAAGACUUUAUAACUAUGCAGCUGCCAGCCGGCUUCCCGGUCAAGGUGGAGAUACCGCUCUUUCACGUCCUCAACGCCUGCAUCACGUUCGGCAACGUGUUCGCCAUGACCACGCCUGUAGAGUACGUGGCCACCCUGGAGGAGCAGGACCGCGUCACCUGCCUGGUGGACGACCGCUGUUUCGAUAUACCCAAUCACUACACAAACCGGGGCGGCGAUUCCCGGCGCCAGAUCCCACUGGACGAGGACGACAUGCUGCAGUACGCCAUCGAGCAGAGUCUGGUGGAAAGCAGCGGCGCCUGCGGAGCCGAGGCCGACGAUAAGGUUGACAUUUGGGAGGUGCUGCGCGGACAGAGUGUUGUUGGAUCGGACAUGCUGCCCGAGGACGACGAGCAACUGCAGCGUCACCCUCGCUUCUCCUCGCACCUGCUUUCACCUCACCACCAUUACGGACGAUACUCGCCGUCUCCCCACUCCCUCCUAGAGCCGCAGCCCCGUGGCCGCUCUGCUUCGGCGGGGGCUCAGUUCAAGAACGACCUCAGCUACAUGAAGAAGAUCUUCAAAUAGUCCUCCCCCACACCCUUUCACUGAUCCCCUCCGCCUGUACUGCUAGAUCGCAUCUUAUCCGAGCUUUGUGUGUUUCCGUUUUCCAUUUCGUCCGCAGGGUGCUGCACGAGUCGCUGCUUGGGGCCCAUGCUAACGCCAGUGGCUCUCCCGCCUCCGAAGACGAUGA